GCUUAAGAAAAUUUCGUUAAAAAGAAAAUAAAUCUACGAGGAAAAACUGUGUAAAAUGGCUGAACAACAAGAAACCAAUGUGUUACAAAUUGUCUCGCUGACUAUUGAAAACUGUUUGGGCUGCGAGAAGGAGUUUUUGAAGUUCUCCCAAGUUGACAAUGUGCAUCUCUUGCUGUACAAUCUGGACAAGCCGAAUGGCACAGUGCCAUCGUCGUCCCUGAUGGUGACGCCCGUGGGCCUCGCCCUGCAGCUGAUGUGCAGCAUGGAGUACAGCAAUGGCGAGAGCUUGCGCCGCUUGUCACAGCUGGAAAUAGGCAAGGGCAGCGUGAAGAUGAGCUUCAAGCUGGAGCGCCUGGGGGGCAUUAGUGUUGAAUACGAUCCGGAUCCCGAGAGCGACCUGGACCUGGAGCCCAGCACUUCGAAGCAGGCCCUGGAGCGUCAGGAGCGCCGCGCUCUGAUGAAGCAAAUUAUGCGCUCGCGCCGCCAAAUGGUGUACGAGGUGAACGUACAUCGCCGCUUCGACGACGAGGACUGCUUGGACUACAUUAGCUUCCAGCUCAAUAUGGGCGAGUGGCGCGAGGUGUCCGUUGUCGAGUUCCACAACAUAUUCUUCGUACAGCCGCCGCGACUGACGGAGCUGAUGUGCACCUACCAGCAGGAGUACGCCAAUAACUGGCUCAAGAUUAUUCAGGCCGAUGCCAGCACCUAUCGCAAUCUCAGGGAGGAUGGAAAUCCGUUUGACACUUUUGUCAAGCUGUUGGAUCGCCAAAACAACGACCAUCAGCAGGCUCUUCUGAAGAAGCUGGCCACCAAUUGCCUGGCUGCCAGCGAGGCGACUCGCCAGAGCGAACGUCGCUUCCUGUUGCAAAUGUUCGACAGAGUUCGCAUCAUCUUCGAGUACAUCACGAUCAAUGAGUACACCGUGUGGUUCUUUGUGCCACGCCUCAAUCGCUAUACUGCUCUGGAUCAGGUGACCGUGGACGACUUUGACUUCUGUAACGUGCGCAGCAGCAUCAAGCUGAUUCGUGACGAGAGCGACUCCUUUUGGAAUCGCACUGACCACAACAUCAUGGAUAUACUGCUGGUGGCCUUUCAGCUGGCACUCGCACACAUUGCCAAGCAGUCGGUGCUGUUCCUGGGCCAACUCGAAAAGCUGAGCGAGUUUGUAUGCCUCCAGUACGCCACGGCCACCUUUAUGAACGGCACCCAAUCGAAGGCAGAUGGCCAAGGCAACUCUACUAAGUGGUUCUGCUUGCGCUACUUGCAUCGCAUUAUUGAGCUCGCGGAGACCCUGGGUCUGGUGGUCUUCAUUGAGUAUCCGGGCGCCAUGACGCUGCUCCCGGAGAAUCGCCAGGUAAUCAAAUGUGUGCAGCAGCGCGACGACAAAACUGGCGCCAUCUCUUGGCAGCUGAGCGAGGAUGUGACCAAAAAGGCCCCCAGUGGCAUUCAUGUGAUCAAGGAGGCCAUCAAAUUGGACUAAAUGCAUGUUCCA